AUGGAGGCAUCGGCGAGCCGCGGCGAAGGGCCGGGCUGCGGCUGCAAGGGGAUCCGUUCCUGCCUGCUCUGCGAGGGGCCCGCGCAGGCCGCUCCGCCCCCGCAGGGAGAAGAUAAUUUCACUUACUGUCCAGCAACAGGCCUGGCUGUAGGAAAUGAGCACUCAGAAUUUGCUGGCUGGGCAUUCCCAUUUCCAGGAGUGUUUCUCAUAGAGGAGUUCAUUACUGAAGAUGAAGAAUCUGAGAUAGUUGAGCUGAUGGAUCGAGAUGACUGGAAACCAUCACAGUCUGGCCGGAGGAAACAGGACUAUGGACCCAAAGUGAACUUCAAGAAGCAAAGGCUGAAAGCUGGCAGUUUUACUGGUUUGCCAAGCUUCAGCAAAAAGAUUGUGGCCCAGAUGGAGGCCUGCUCCGUGCUGGGUGGCUUCUUCCCCGUUGAGCAGUGCAAUCUGGAGUACAGGCCAGACAGGGGCUCUGCCAUCGACCCACACUUUGAUGACUGCUGGCUGUGGGGAGAGAGGUUGGUUAGCCUCAACUUGCUCUCCCCAACCGUGCUCUCCAUGUCCUGCGACUCGGAGGACAGCAUCCAGUUAUUUCCCACUUCCAGGAAAGAAAACUGGGAACGGAGCCUCCCCGGACCUCCUCCGGCAGGCAGAAACGCAGGGCAGGAGAGAACUGAGUGCCUUGUGGCGCCGAGGCUGGUGUCCAGCAGGGAGGUGCGGGUGGGCAUCGCCCUGGCGCGGCGCUCGCUGCUGGUGCUGCACGGCGCGGCGCGGUACGGCUGGAAGCACAGCAUCCACCGGCGCCACAUCCGCCGCCGCCGCGUCGGAGUCACCUUCCGGGAGCUCUCCGCCGAAUUCAGCCCCGGAGGGGCGCAGGAGGAGCUGGGCAGGGAGCUGCUGGGCAUAGCCCUUUCCUUUCAAGGCAGACCCGUGUGA